ACCCCACGCGCAGCAAACCACAAACGAAAUUAACACACCAUACCUUUCCGCUAAAUUAAUCAACCAUGCAGCGUUCGAAAUCACGCCAAUUCGAUCCCUGAUCGAUGAAAUCCAAAUCGACCCAACUGGGAUUCCGCUGAACCAAAUCAUGGGUCGAAGAAUCAUGGAAUGGGCUGCCCGGUCCGAUUACAUGGGCGGCAUACCGAGGAAGAUGGUGUUAACGCCGGUUGGGGGUAUGGCGAAGGCCGUCGUCUCCCUCUUCAACUCCACCACCGUCCACAAUGCCGACACGCUUCUCCGUCUGGUCCGGUCUCGGCCUAAUAGGGUCCCACUCGUCACUGUCAGCAACCACAUGUCCACCAUGGACGACCCCUUUUUGUGGGCUUUCAAGGGGUUCCCCAUCACUAAUGCGAAUUUGUCGAGGUGGGUUUUGGCCGCCGAGGACAUCUGCUUUAAAAAUUCAAUGCUUUCUUACUUCUUCAGAGUUGGAAAGUGCAUUCCGAUUACGCGGGGUGGCGGCAUUUAUCAAGAACACAUGAAUGAAGCUCUUGAGAGAUUGAGUGAAGGAUCAUGGUUGCAUACAUUUCCAGAAGGAAAAGUGUACCAGGAAGAUGCACCUAUAAGACGAUUGAAGUGGGGGACCGCUAGUCUCAUUGCGCGUGCUCCUGUAACCCCUAUAGUUUUGCCAAUUGUGCAUACUGGAUUUGAACAGGUGAUGCCUGAUAAGUUUCAUCGUGGUAAAAGGCCUCCGUUUCCGUUAUGGAAUAAGGAAAUUAAGAUAAUAGUUGGCGAGCCAAUGGAAUUGGACCUUCCUGAAAUGAGGCUGAUGGCAACCUCUCUGUCUCGUAAGACUUCACAUUCUACGUUAGGAUGGCCAAGCAGUUGCCCUGGUGGUUUGGACGAGGCAGCGCAAAAACAUCUGUACAGUGCAAUUUCAGAGAAAAUCCAAGACGUCAUGGAGCGCUUACGGAUUUUUGCUAAAAGUUCUUCAAAGUCAAAGGAUCAAAAUCUUUGCUAGCAUAAGUUGUCUUUCGAAGCAUGUCCAACAGUUGGAAAAAUGCAAUCCGACCAUCGUAAGACAUAGUGCUGAACGAGAAGCAUAUCCCUGUACUCCAGCAUUCAAUCACUGAGUUCUGGCUCCGCUUAAGGAACAGGAUCCGGCCAGCUUCUUUCAUGGCAUGGCAGUAUAGAGAUGCAGUUGAAUGGUUAGUUUGUAGUUGAUUUACAAGACUUGUAUUCUUUUAUGCAGUUCGAUUGUAUUGAUUGCCUUCGACGAUAAUUCUGGAAAUUUGUAAUGGGGUGGGUAUAUUAACUUAUUCAAAUUUAGUCGAAAUUAAAUAAGAUUUUCUCAAUUUUUUUUU